GACGUCAGCUCAGAGUUUCUUCCGGGUGUUUUUCCUCCGACUGGAUCGCGGACGGUGGACAGAAAGUUAACGCAGUUUUCUCGGUGGUUUAAAAGUCUAAAUUGACCAAAAUGAACCGUAUUUUCGGCAGCGGGAAGCCUAAAGGCCCUCCACCAAAUCUUACGGACUGCAUAGGAGGCGUGAGUAUAAUCUUAAAUCACUUAAUUGACUCGGUGUCCAACAAAGUAAACAAAUAUGGACCUUUCUUGAGUCGGUUACCUAACCUUUAUGCGCAGAAAACAGGCCAGCGGUUUCCAUUACCCUCCUUUACUGUCUAAUAAAAAGUGUGUUAACUCAGAGUUGUAUUGUUUUUUUGUUUUGUUAUCUCUGGGCAGAAUUUCCCUCUGGCUGUCUCUCUAUAACACAAUGUUUCCUUUAAAAUAAGUUAAAUACUGAGGUCCUUAAAAACAAUGUUCAGUCUGUUAAAGCAGUGAAUCAGCAUUCAGUCAUUUUGAGCACAAAUUUGUCUAUACUGUGAAACUAUGUUAACCUCAGUGAGGGACAUAAACCUGUUCAACAGGUUCAGUGUGUGGAGAGAAUGGCCAACUACAAUGAAAAAACACAGGAGUAAUAGUAAAUUUUAAGAAAUAUAUCUAUAUGUACCAGAAGAAAUUAGAUUUAACUGAUUUAUUCUGUAGGAUGGAUAUCAAUGUGUUUAUUGUGUCAUUUUAUUAUCAUUGUUGAUAUUGCCUUUUAUAUUUACCAUCCUGUGUCCACUUUCAACCCCCCUUUCAAUUGCAUUUUCUUUAUUUUUAACUAUUUUAUGUUUUUAUUUUGGUCUCAUUUUAUGUCGCAUGGUUAUUUUGUUGUCUGGGUUCCUUAUGACAUUAAAAUGGCCUUCAAUUCUGUUUCUGUUUUUUUUUCUUUUUCCAUGUGCUCUAUGACUAUAUGUCAAAGCAAAACUUUGUAAACUACAGUCAUAAGUUAACUGAAAACAGGCGAACUAAAGCGAAUAUCCUCUUCUCCGCUUUGUUUUCUUUUAGGUGGAUUCCCGGGCCGAGUCCAUUGACAAGAAGAUUUCCAAACUAGAUGUUGAACUUGCGAAGUACAAGGACCAGAUGAAGAAGAUGAGAGACGGGCCCUCAAAGGUGAGAUUUAUGGUGAAAUGGGGCUGACACACGAGUUUCUGUACCCUGAAGUAGGGACCUGAAUGUUGAUGUGUCUAAAUGGACUGUUUGUCUGUUUUAAAAAUAAAAAAGGAGGAACAUAUUAGAAGAAAGAAUUUGAUUAAAUAACAGCACAUAUAAAAACAUUGUUCCUGUUUCUGGUGGCCUUUCAACUAAUUUCAUAAACAGCUAAAAUCAUUCACUGAAGCUUUAAACAUCCUUAUCCUGGUGGAGAAAGAAAUAUAAACAUAACACAUUUCAUUCAUGUGUUUUUAUUCAAUAUUCUGUAUGACUUAAAUUGUUUAGUAAUAAUGUUUUUUAUUUACUAGAACAUGGUGAAGCAGAAGGCCAUGAGAGUCCUGAAGCAGAAGAGGAUGUAAGUCCUUUUAUUCCUCACAGUCUGAGUUUUUUCAUCAUUUAACAUUUUAAUUCAGCUUUAAAGUGCUCAAGUGUGAUUCACACCUUAUUUCCAACAGGUAUGAGAACCAGAGAGACAACCUCAUGCAGCAGUCGUUCAACAUGGAACAAGCAAACUACACAAUCCAGAACCUCAAAGACACUAAAACUACCGUCAGUUUCUGUUUUUCUAUAAUCAGAAAGUUCAUAACUUUAGAAACGUGCUUUUUUGUUUUUUGCUUAUUUUCUUUUUGUUUUCUUUUUAGGUUGAUGCCAUGAAAGUUGGACUCAAAGACAUGAAGAAAGCAUACAAGAACAUCAAAAUUGAUAAGAUUGAGGUAUUUGUUUUGAUCCCUGGUUAUCGCAAUAAGAGGACAAGCUUUGAUUUGUAUCAGCAGAAAAUUAUUCAAACAAGUUAUGAAAGCCUUAGAGCAGUAACACGCUUUACAAACCUUUAAACUUAAUUAUUCUUUUAUCCAGAACAUUCAAGACCAGCUGGAGGACAUGAUGGAGGACGCUAAUGAAAUCCAGGAGGCGAUGGGCAGAAGCUAUGGCUGUCCUGAAAUUGAUGAUGACGAGCUGGCAGCAGGUCAGGAAAAUACUUUGAUUCCAAGACGUAGAGCUUCUUUGCUCAGCUUCAUUUUCACAGGAUUAGAUAAGGCUCAGAGUCCUAACCUCUCUUUUAAAAUGCAACAACAUAAUUUCACAUGUAAGCUGCCAGGUUCGGUCAUUUUAAGAUUUUAGUUUAAUGAAAGAUUUGAAGCUGCUUUUCCUAAUAAUCUGUUUCCAUGUUGCACGGCCAGAUCAGCUGAAUAACAACACAUUUUAGUUCUGUGCAAUUUCCCAGUGUCCGCCAUUAAAGGUAGGGGACCGGUAUUGCUAAGCCAUAGGAGGCUUUUGGGCUUUCAAACACAGUGACAUCUGGUGGCUUUUCAAACUUAUGGCAGUCCUCUCAGUGAUGGUCUGAUUAACCACCACGCCUUCCUCAUGCUCAUAGUGCUGGUGAAAUGAGAAAUGAGUCAGAGAGGCCUGUUGGUGAAGGUAUAAAACCUUGCUCUGGAGGUAUUGAGGGAACAUGUAAAAGUCUGUCUUCUAGCCAUCACUAUAUGAAUUGAUUUGUCUUCCAACUUCUUAAUGUAAAAUUGCCGGUCACAAAGUUUAGCUGUAUCUGCCAAACUGGUUAUGGUACUUCUAAGAGGAGUGUCCAUCUUUAAGGACAAUUCUGAAGUACAUAUUUUGGGACCUUGGUAUCACCCUCUGUUGUCUUGUGAUGGUGUAAAAUGCUGAGCGUUGUAAUCUGCUUCAUGUUCACAGAGCUGGACGCAUUGGGAGACGAGUUCCUAUUGGAUGAAGACAGCAGCUACCUGGACGAGGCUUCAACGGCUCCUUCCAUCCCAGAGGGUCUGCCUGGAGAGAAGUCCAACAGGGUAAUUCUUCAAGGAUUUUUCUCACACUCUCAGGUUUCUGUUGUCUACUUUUAUUAACAGACUUCCUUCUUUUUUAUAUUUCAGGAUGGUGUUCUGGUGGACGAGUUCGGCCUCCCUCAGAUUCCUGCUUAAAGCAACCAUCAGCACACCGGUGCCAGUUUUACAUGUUUCAUAGCCUUAUUUUCUAUUUAUCCAACUGACACCCCAAACCUUAAACAGAGGUGUUGUCUCUGUCUCCUUCUUAAGGACUACAGAUGUAAAUUAGCUCAGAGCUAGCUAACCAGCUGUACACUGUCCCUAUGAAAAAAAGACAAUUAAAAUAAAGUGCAACAUUUAACACCAAGGCUUUUCUUUCAUGGGAAUCAUAAUUCUUGAACUGAUAAUCAGGUGUGCUUACGCGUUUUGAGUAAGCUCACAUUAUAUCCAAGAUGAUUGUGGGAAAAGGGGUUUUCUUAGCUUUGUACAGUCUCCGCAGCGCUGAGUUGCCAUGAACAAAAAUAAAUUAUAUUUUUCAAACAACACUUCUUGACUUGACUAAAGUUAUUCAUCUCAUUUAGAGUCCCACUCCAUUCGUUUUUGUUUUUGAGCUACUUAGUGUUAUCACUGAUCUUUAAAUUGUGAUAAUAAAUUUUUUUUGCCAAAAUUG